CUGCCCUUACAAUUAUUAAUCUAUUAAAGAAUUCGACAAAUCUGACCCAACAUUGAAUAUCACUGAAAUGAUCCUUUUUUAUUUAUUAGCUUCAUCAUUAAUGAUGACUGCAGAAACAACCGAUGCAGAUAAAAAAUGUUUGGUUACCGAAUUCCUUAAUGGCUGUAGCACACCUUUUCACUUACCGUUACCGUAUAAAGCCAUGUUUACACCAGCAUGCAUGACGCAUGACGUGUGCUACAGAUGCGGUAUCAAACAUGGCUGGAGUCAGAUUGAAUGCGAUCUACGUUUUAAAACCGGAAUGAUAAAUCUAUGCAAAAAGAAUGUAAAAAAUGCAACUCGUAAAAGGAGAAAUCUAGUAGGCUUGUGGGAAAGUAUGAAAGAUAAAUAUGAAAAAGUUAAAAAUGGGUGGGGACAAACAACAGCUAAUCAAACAGUUGCAGAAGAAGCUAAGAGAUUAUGGAGCGCAACCCAAGAGAUUUUUAAAAUGGUUGUUAAGUGGUUUUCUCUUAGUGACGAGAUGGAAAAAUGUGUUUACGCUGCCGAUAUUUAUUAUUAUGGAGUGGCUUCUUAUGGAAUUUACGCUUAUCGUACAAACAUAAAAAGUGACUGUAAUGAAGAUUGCGUAAAAGUACUAGGAUCUAAUUUACACGAUUAAUAGCAUAACUUUUUUUUUGUAUAUAAUAACAACUAAAGUCGAAAUUUAAUUUAAGAAUAUAAAAUAAACUUUG